AUGGUUGUCUAUGGGGCAUACACACCUGCUAUAAAGCUGCACAAUUUGGCCGUUUGGAUUGCCUCAAAUAUGCCCAUGAAAAUGGGUGUCCUUGGAGUGCAGCUACAUGCGCGGCCGCUGCUGGCAAUGGCCAUCUUGGUACCCUCAAAUAUGCCCAUGAGAGUGGCUGUCCUUGGUGUUGGAGGACAUGCAGUAGUGCUGCUGAAAAUGGCCAUUUGGAUUGCCUCAAAUAUGCCCAUGAGAAUGGCUGUGAUUGCUGAGAGUGGCCAAUUGGAUUGCCUCAAAUAUGCGCACGAGAAUGACUGUUCAUGGGGUGUCACCACAUGCAUGGCUGCUGCACUCAAGGGUCAUCUGGAAAUCCUCAAAUAUGCCCAUGAAAAUGGGUGUCCAUGGCAUGAAGAGACUUGCUUCAAUGCAGCUGCAGCUGGACAUUUGGAAAUCCUCAAAUAUGCCGGUGAAAAUGGCUGUCGAUGGGAUGAAAACACAUGCCAAGUUGCUGCUCAAAAUUGCCAUUUGGAAUGCCUCAAAUAUGCCCAUGAGCAUGGCUGUCCAUGGGAAGAACAAACAUGCAUGAGUGCUGCAAGAAAUGGUCAUUUGGAGGUGCUAAAGUUUGUGAUUGAGAAUGGUUGCCCUUUCAAUGAAGAUACUCUGCUGCACAAUUGUCAUGAUCGGGUCAAGGAUUGGGUGCAAGACUUCGUCGAAAACAAAUAA